AUGGAGGACUAUGGUGGAGGAGAUAUCCACACUGCAGCUCAUGAAGGACCUCAUGCUACAGCAGGUGGAGAUGCCCUGAAGGGAGCUGUGGCCCGCAGAGAGGAGUCCAUGCUGAAACAGAACAAAGAUUUGACAAUGAAGGGCAAGAGUGACUUACAAUCAUCCUCCAAGGUAUCUGAGGAGGAAGAAGGUGAUUAUGAGACUGUAAGUUCUUCCACUCUGGAGGCCAUCCAUGCUUUGAGAAUCCUUCCUGCCAAACCUCUACAAGAAUCCGAAUAUGCAGAUAAACGUUGCUUAAGGCCUUCAAGUACCACUUCCCCAAUGAAGAGCCAGCACACAUCUCAGCCCCCUCAAUAUUCAGCUGCCUCUGAAGACGCUGCCAAAGCAGUAUCAACCACUUCCUCCAGCGCCGCAGAUAAGCAGCCAGUUCUUUCAUACAAGGAAAACGCUCAGCCAAGCUCACACCUUUCCAAUAUCAGCAAAAGUCACAAGGGCCUCUCACAAGCCCUGCAAAAUCUGUCACCUCAGACAAAUGGCAGCUUUGCCUGCAAAAUAGCUCUGGCAGCAACCGAGGGGGCCACCACACCGCUGCUCAGGCGCCUGCGUGCUCCUACGGCUUCGCCCAGCCAAACCCCUCGCCGCCCCCCCCAGCACGGUGGGGACCCCAGCCAGAGCGAUGCCCACUCCUCGCUGCCCAAGCUCACCCUCCGCAAUGGCCUCGAACCUCCUGAGCCAUGGGCAGCCCCGUAA